GCGAGGCUUAAGGGUGGGGCCGGAGAGAGAGAAGCCUGGUUUAGAAAGGGGGGGAAAGCGAGCGAGCGAUCGCGCCUCGACCUCCGCGGAGCCUGUUCCCUCCCUGAUCAACUUGAGGCUGCCGGGUUGCAGGGAGAGCGAGCAUGUGAUCGCAUUGGCUCGCCUUGCCAUGGUGUGGCAGCAGCGCGGGCAGCAAUGGAGGCGGCUUAAGGGACGAGGCUGGGCGGCUGCUGCUGCUGCUGCUGGCUGGCUAAACCGCAGAUGGGAAAGCCCGACCCAAUUUCUCGUCGCCAAAUCCAGCUGGAAAGAAGAGCAUUAAUUGGCAUACCGAAGAAGUGCAUGCAAAGUUUUGAUACUUUGGAAAGUCCUGAGUGGACCUGUAUAUAAGAAGAUUAAAGUUUGGGAAGACAAGAAAAAAGCAAGCAAAUUCCAGCCUUUUAAGAAGUUUUUUGGUAGGAGGAAAAAACGGGAGGCGACCCCAGACCAAGAGGACACCAAGCUGAAACCAAGCAGUUCCUUUGGAAAUGUCUGCAAUGGACUGUCUUCCGAUGAAGAGACAAACAGUGGUCUGAGGUCUUCCAAUCAUAGUAUGGGAACACGGGCCUUUUCCCAUGAGAGUAUUUUUAUACCUGAUGGGCGAACAGAGAGUGAAGAGUCUCUUCAAGCAAUGUCACAAGAAAACAUCCUAGGCAAAGUCAAAACCCUUCAGCAACAGUUGGCCAAGAAUAUUAAAUUUGGCCAACCUUCACAAGUGACUGUUUCAGUGAAGACAGUUGGGGAAGCAAACGCUAGUUUGGAAGCAGAUGUGUUACUCAGUAGCCCCAUGGAGACGUCUGCACAGCAGGACAUGGUCCUUCCAGAGAGCAAUAAUAAAUCAGGUGGCACACCCGAUUCAUUAAGCCCAGCAAGUUUGCGUGGAACAAGGCAGGAAGUGGAAGAUAAGGUUACACCGGUCAAAUCAUCAUCGCGGCCGAAAAGGCAUCACUCACCUUCUGGCACCAUUGAAACGGUCAACCUCGAUGCAAUUCCCCUGGCAAUUGCCCGCCUGGACAACAGUGCAGCAAAGCACAAACUCUCUGUUAAGCCAAAGAAUCAGAGGGUUUCCAAAAAGCACAGAAGGUUAUCACAGGAGAUGCAAAGUGUGGCAGUGGCAGAGGUUGAACAAGAAAUCCUAGAACCACAAUUGUAUGAAGAGAAGCUCUCCAAACAUGAUGGCUACCAUGUUGCAGACAAGCCUAUCCAGCAUAGGGAAAGCCAAGAACAGAAAGAGGGCAAAAGAAAGCUAGAACAUUGCUGGAGAAACUUGGAGACUGAGAAGAAAGUAGAAAUGGCUGAAGCAGAGUCAAAAAGCCACACGGAACACAAAAGACUUCAAGAAUGCCAAAGGGAAAAAGAAGGGAAGAAACAGAAGCUUCAGGAGGAAGAGCAGCUUUUGAAGAUGGAAGAGAGAAAGGAUCGAGAGGGGAAGAAAAGUCUUGAAAAACGGAGGCAUCAAGAAUUUCAGAUGCAGAGGCACAAAGGACUAGAGGAGCAGAGACGGAAUGAAGAGGGCCUUCAGGAACCAGAGGAACAGAUGCAUCAGGAAAAAGGAAAGCAGCAUGAACUAAAGGAACAAAAGCAAAGGCAACUGGAAGAGCAAAGGCAUCAGGAACUGGAGGCACAAAGGCAACUGGAAGAGCAAAGGCACCAGGAACUGGAGGCGCAAAAGCAACUGGAAGAGCAAAGGCAUCAGGAACAAGAGGCACAAAGGCAAUUGGAAAAGCAAAGGCAUCAGGAACUGGAGGCACAAAGGCAUCUGAAAGAGCAAAGACAACUGGAAGAGCAAAGGCAUCAGGAACUGGAGGCGCAAAGGCAACUGGAAGAGCAAAGGCAUCAGGAACUGAAGGCGCAAAGGGAACUGGAAGAGCAAAGGCAACAGGAACUGAAGGCGCAAAGGCAACUGGAAGAGCAAAGGCAUCAGGAACUGGAGACGCAAAGGCAUCUGAAAGAGCAAAGGCAUCAGGAACUGGAGGCGCAAAGGCAACUGGAAGAGCAAAGGGAACUGGAAGAGCAAAGGCAACAGGAACUGAAGGCGCAAAGGCAACUGGAAGAGCAAAGGCAUCAGGAACUGAAGGCGCAAAGGGAACUGGAAGAGCAAAGGCAUCAGGAACUGAAGGCACAAAGGCAACUGGAAGAGCAAAGGCAUCAGGAACUGAAGGCACAAAGGCAACUGGAAGAGCAAAGGCACCAGGAACUGGAGGCGCAAAGGCAACUGGAAGAGCAAAGGCACCAGGAACUGGAGGCACAAAGGCAACUGGAAGAGCAAAGGCACCAGGAACUGGAGGCACAAAGGCAACUGGAAGAGCAUAGACAUCGAGAACUAGAAGCACAAAGGCAACUGGAAGAGCAAAGACACCGAGAACUGGAGGUGCAAAGGCAACUGGAAGAGCAAAAGUGGCAAGAACUGGUGACUGAAAGGCAAAGGAAAGAGGAAGAACAAAGACAUCGAGAACUGGAAGAGCAAAAAUGGCAGGAACUGAAGGAUCAAGAAGAAGGAGAAGAAAAGAAACACAGAGAAUUAGAGGCAAAGCAACAACAUAAAAAGCUCUUUCAGCAAGGGUGGAAAGACAGGCAAGAACAGGGGACGCAAAAAUGGCAGGAAGAAAAACAAGGGCAUCAGAAUUUAGGACAGGGAGCGCAAGGACUGGAAGAGCAAAUGAAUGAGGCUGAAAAGCAGGAUGAACUGAAACAGGAAGUACUUCAAGUGCAAAAAAGGCAAACAAACCUGAAACAAAAAGAUCUAGAGAAAAAAAGGAAUCUAGAAGAUGAAGAAAGGUUGGAAGGGAAGGGAAGUGCCAUUAAGCUGGAAAAGCAAAAGAGACCAGAAGAACUACCACAGAAUCUAAAGGAGAAACUGAAUAAGGACAAACAAGAUCAGCAAAAACUGGAUAAACCAAUUAGACCAGCAGCAGAACACAAAAGAUGUGAACCACAGCCAUGGCCUGAGAAGAGGAUGCAACAGGAAGAGUUGAUAGAGAGGGAAGGAGGGCAAAAGCUGAAAGAACAGAAAUCCCCUAGUUUAGAAGGACAAAGACCACUGGAAAAGCCAAAAGAACAAGACAAAUCCUUCCCAUUGCAACAGGACAAAAAUAUUCAUUUGGGAGAGCAACAUUUGGAAAGCCCCGAGAAAGAUCUUCCACUUAGAGAAGCUAGCCAGCAAACGAUAAAGCAGCCAGACAAUGAGCAGAAGGAAGAAGAAACUCUAAGGCACCACCAGAAAAGGGACAUUGAAGCUCAAGAGCAGGAAAGAAUCUUAGGCGAGGAGCUCCGAUGGCAGGAAGUUGACGCAAGGCAAACUAUGCCCAGGGGAUUUACCUUCCAAGUAUCCUCUGGAGAAAAGCAAAUUAUAUUUCCGAAAGUAAAUCUGAGCCCAGUUACGCCUGUCAAAGAGGCACCAACUCCUUCAGCUGCAAAAGAAUUGACGACUCCUAAAUCCAGCAAAGGUUCUCACGGUCCCCCGACUUCUUUGUGUGUCCCCCACACAGCAAUUUUGGUCACCGGAGCGCAGCUCUGUGGAACUGCGGUCAACCUCAAUCAGAUAAAAGAUACGGCUUGCAAAUCUCUCCUUGGCUUAACAGAAGAGAGAAAAACGAUGGACGCACGGAAAACGUCACCAGAUGCGAAGCGUAGGAAUAGUAAAAUGAAAUAUGCCCAAGAGCCAUUGGGCAACCAAACCAUCCCAGCUGAGUGGGCUUCCAUUAGGUCAAAAAUAUUAAAAAGUGCAGAAAAUGGCCAGCGCAAUGAGAGAGACAAAGGAAGCCUCAGUAGGCAUAGUGAUGAUUGGACACCUAAAGGACAAAAUGCUUCCCACGGUAAUUUGCGCAAGACCUUAUCUGCAAGUGCAAAGUUUUCUAUAACUCCUGCCUGGCAGAAGUUUUCGGCUAAUGCAAGCGCCGAGAGUAAAGUUGGCCUUGAAGCAGAAACCCCAGCCAAGCCGUUGGGUUCACCCACGGUCCAUUCAACCCAAGAGACAGUUCAUACCGAGGCACCGUCAGCUGCAGGGAAUAAUCUUGGAACACCCACAGGAAAUACUGAAAUACAUCGCGAAGUGGCAGGCAACACCGAGGGUUGUAAAUUUGCCAAAGAUCUCCCCUCUUUCCUUGUUCCAGGCGUCUCGCAUUCUCUACGUCAGGAAGUAGCCCAGUCAGAAAGUGCAGCAGCUGCUAUGGAAACACAGCAGAAGGUUGGUACAAGGAAACUGGACGGCACUUCCCCAAAUGGAGAAGAAAAUGUGUCCCCAUUCGGGGUGAAAUUAAGGAGGACCAACUACUCCUUGCGCUUUCACUAUGAUCAGCAAGCUGAGCAGAAGAAGAAGAAAAGGUACAGCGCAGGAGACAGUUUUGAUGGGGUGCCCACCCCGCUGGUUACGCCUGACAAUGAGAAAGAUGCAAAUAAUAUGUUUUUAAAAGAGAACAAAUCCCCAAGCCAAGAGAGAAAGGAUGUCAUGGUUAAUUCUGUGAAGAACUCCUCAGCUAAUAUUAAUCAGAAUUAUACGACAGCCGCAGCGGUAUCUCUCCCAGCUAGCAGUCACGUGUCUGCACCUGGUCAAGAGAAACCCAUCUGCAAGUCACCACUCCUGCAAAAACCUGCAUUGGCUCCAAAGCCCACCAGCCAAACUCCGCCAUCAUCCCCUCUCUCAAAAAUGCGCAGGUCUCACUUAACCGAAUCCACGGGGCAAAGGGUGGCUAAAACAGAGCCUGACACCACCUGGAGAAAAACUGAAUCUAAAGGGAGCUCUCUGCUUUCACAAGCCCACGAGGCAAGCAAGGGGGAAGAGGAGGAGUCUAGGGAGAAGAGGUCCUUUUUCCCAUCUAUCACUAUGCCAUGGAGAGAGAGAACAGAGAAGAAGCCAGAGCCGUUGAAAAAAGAAAGGCCAGUUCUUCAGAGCAGACAUUCCAUAGAUGGCUCCAAGCUGAUUGAGAAAGUUGAAACCGCACAGCCGCUCUGGAUCACGUUGGCUCUGCAAAAGCAGAAGGGCUUUCGAGAGCAGCAGGCGACCAGAGAGGAAAGGAGACAAGCCAGGGAGGCAAAGCAAGCCGAGAAACUUGCUAAAGAAAAUGCCAGUAUCAGCAAUCAGGCAGAUACUAAAAGUAGCAGCAGCAGCAGCAGCAGCAGCAGAACUAGUACAUUGCCUCGACCCUCAGCCCAGGAAGAGAAGAAAGCUGAGACUCCUUUGUCAAGGUUUGAACGCAGAGAACAGCUUAAAAAAUCCAACACUCUUCCUACAUCUGUGACAGUGGAGAUCUCGGAUUCUCUUCCGCCGUCACCCUUGACUAAAGAAGUCACCAAGAGAUUCUCCACGCCAGAAGCGAAUCCAGUGUCGACAGAACCUGCCUGGCUGGCCUUAGCCAAGAGGAAAGCAAAGGCCUGGAGUGACUGUCCCCAAAUCAUUAAGUAAAUGAUACUGGUUUUGCUCUCUUUCUGUUGUUUAUUAAUUGCUCUCUCUUUAUUUGUAUUUUCACAUGACAGAACCAACUGGGACAAACAUAAGUGCAUAUCCUGAAGGAUGAAGAACAUUUUUAACAGUUUUACCCAUUUUUCCUGGCUCACUGCAGAUUUCACCUACAUUUUAGAAUCUUUUGCAUCGAAAAUCUAAGGACUAUAGAAUAGAGGUUUAGGCACAAAGCUCAAGUUUCAUCUCUCUUGAAAGCAUAUGGAUGUUAUGUGUUAGGGGUUCAUAUCACUUUAAGGAUCAGUGCCGAAAUGUUCCUGAAUUUUGGCUCUGAUGGUAUGGAUUUCCAUUUGUGUUUUUUUAUAUAUAUGUUGCUGCAAAGCAGAUAUUCCAGCCACUUAAGCUGCUAAAAUGAAUGUAAUGCACAUGUUGUUUCCACUUUUGAAUGGAGAAAGUAAUACCAUUUACUGAUAAAUUUAUAAACCUCUACAGGAUUCUGGAAGACCUGCCUUAGUAGUAGUAAAGAGAGUAUACUAUGAUUACCUUUUCUUAAUGUUGCAAAUAAUUUAUGGAUGAAUUUAAAAUAUUUAAGUUCAACUUGUGACUGAUGAAAGCACCGAUACGCCCAGUCCUACCAUAGAGUUUGCAAUAUAGUAGCGUCUCUCAGUUUGGAGCUAUUAAUGGAGUUAGCUCUCCUGUAAUGAGAACCCAUCAAGAUAUUUUUACAAAUUCAGUAUUUUGUUUUUAAAAGCUUAAUUGUGACAAAAAAUGCCUUUAUCAGCUGCUUCUAACUGGAAAUAUAUAUAAAUAAUUAACAUGCUGAAACAGGGUGGCAUCAAAUAUGCAUUUUCAUGCAAUGAUUCUUCAAACCAUGCAGAAGCUGUCAUGCAA